AUGCGCGAAGCGGAGGGAACGACCGGAGGAAAAGCGAGAGAGAGCAUGGCACCGCAGAGCGGGAGGGAGAUACAGAGACAGGCGAGAGGCGGCGACAAGAGCAAAAGUGCCCGACCGAGGCCGGGAGCAGACGACGGCGCGAGAGAAGAGAGAGCCGAGGGGAAAACGGCAAGAACGUGGGAAGGAACAAGGGGCGAGCAAAGGGGAGGAAACCAGGCGGGACAGCGGGCAAGGGGCGGAAGAAAAGGCGAGGGCGGAGAAGGGAGACCGCAGGGAGCAACGAGACCCAGCACGGAAGAGGCACAGGGGAGAGGAGGGGGAAAGAGGAACAAAGGGGGAAAGAGGACAAGACGAAGAGGGGCAGAGAGGGCGGGGAGGGCAGGAAAAAAGAAAAAAAAAUACGGGGUGAAAGAGGGGGCGAAAAAGAGGGCCUGGGGGGAAGAGGAGGCCAGGAGGCAAUAG